AUGGAGGCCUUCGUCGCUGACGGAGCAAAUGAUGGGACAGCUGCCCGUUGGGGUUUGCGGCCUGUCACAGGUGAUCAGUCGUGGGGGCCGUACAUGAGGUUUGCAAGCAAUCCCAAUAACCCAGUGUUUGGUCAGCCGAUGGUGUAUGUGGAGUUCAUUUCAGUCACUGAUGUUGCCGGAUGCAGUAGCAGGGGCGGUGAGGUCGAGUUGGCCAUCACAUCAGCCCCUAGCAUCGGCCCAUCGGAACCGACGGGCGACCAGCCUGUGUAUGACACAGGAUAUUGGUCUGCGGCCGUUGACAUGAGUGAACACGUGGAGGGAUUGCCGGAGGCGCUCGAUGAUGACGAUCACUCUUCCGCGUCUUCUGAGUCAAGCGAAGAAGAAGAUGUUCCUCCCCAGAGGGCGGUCGCGGCGUCACUGCAACCUGGGUUUUUACAGGAUAUGAGCAUCACAAAUGAAUUUCACUCUGUUUCUGGCCUAGAAGCGGGGAGCCUGGAGGUUGGGCAGGUUUUCCCAGACAAGAAGUCUGCUUACCAAGCAAUUAAUAGGUAUGCAAUCGCCCUCCACCGCCAGCAAAAAGUGAAGCAUUCUGAUAAAAAAGAGUUGAAGGUCAUAUGCAUACACACCGCGAAAGGUUGCCGCGGAAGAGUUCUCGCUAGGCUGAAGCCCGGGGGAAGUCUCAACAUUAGUGUUAGGGCUUUGCAAAAAGAUGCAGAAGAUCAGAUUGGCUUCCCUGUCAGCUACAACAAGGCUAGGUGUGCGAAGGAAAAUAUAUUCAAGAACUUGUAUGGAACCUAUGAGGAGGCCUAUUCUUAUGCCCCCAGAAUGCUUCAUCAGAUAGCAAGUGCUAAUAGGGGGACUCAAGUUUGGCGGAGAGAACGUCAGAACCCAAAGAACCCGUGUGAGCUAAUCCUGGACCGCUUAUUCUGGGCAUUCGCCCAGACUAUACAAGCCUUCAGGCACUGUCGCGCGGUAUUAUCAGUUGAUGGUACCUUUCUCACUGGCAAGUACAAUGACACACUAUUGGUGGCGAUUGCAGCAGAUGCAAAUAAUCAGCUUCUUCCUAUUGCAUACGCACUGGUCAAGAGCGAGAACAAAGAUAGCUGGUUGUGGUUCCUGAGCUGCGUGAAGAUUGGUGUCGUGAAAGAGCGUUUAGGUGUUUGCGUCAUCUCUGAUCGCAACACAGGAUUAUUAAGUGCUCUCGACAUAAUUAAGGAGUAG